UUACAGCAUGCCAAUUGAUCUGUUGAUCGGGGGAAUGGAGACUAGAACGACCUUGGACUGAGCUCAGGAUGUAUAUAAGGCGCUGGUUCUCCGGUACGGACAUCGAACAUCAUUCCAUCGCUUCAACCACCGCCAGUCUAGCAAUCUCCCAUCCUCCACACGAAACCUUUCAAACCCUUCGUCAAGAUGAAGUCUGUUGCAGCUCUUGCCCUCGUCGCCCUUGCCGGGGCCUCACCCAUGGCCCGCGAUGCCAACGGCAUCGCUACCCGCGGCGACCACAAGAUGGCAGGCCCCUUUACCUUCACAUCCACCUUCAACGUGAUCGCCAGCCCGAACCAGGUCGUCAACUCGGAUAACGAAUAUACCGGUGGUCUCGAGGGCUGCACGGGUCAGUUCAACUUUGGCAUCAACUCGCACGAGAAUGUCAUCUGCUACAACAUCACCAUCGACGGAUUCCAGGGAGACUAUGAAUCACCCGCUGAUACUGCCACCCACAUCCACGAGGCGAUGGUUGGAAUGUCGGGUCCUCCUCGCAUUGCCUUCCCUAACCCGGUCGAUAUCGGCGAGGGUCGUCGCAACAGCAUUGGCUGCAUCCGGGGACCCUUCACCACAGGUGUGCUCGCUGACGGCACGGACACUGGUGAGGGCUUCCACGUCUCGCAAAUCGAGGAGAACCCGGCUGCCUUCUUCUCCGACACCCACUCCAGCCUUGCUGUGCCCGGUGCUACGCGCGGCCAACUUGGUGGUCCCGAGUGCAAGUAA